AAGUUUUAUUGAUAUAUGAAGUUGUCUGUUGAAUCAGUUCGACGUUCACUUUUAAGUCAAGGAAGUUUUCUUAAGUGCUUUAUCAAGAUUUUAUAUUCAAGGAAUAAGUCAAUUGUGGAUGUGCAUUGGUAUAUUUAUAAUUGAGACUUCUUCAGUGUUAAGAAUGUCCAGGUAAAUAGUAUAUAGGUGUGGCAAGAUAGUGUGCAGUGCAGUGGGUCGCCAUUUUGUUUUAAGGUAUUAUUUUCGGAGUCUACGUUUUUUGAAUUAAUUAAUGCAGUAGAAAUAAGUAAGAAUAUUAUCAUCAUGGCUGAUAACAAUAGUUCAAAAGAGCCCCCGUUGCAAACCAUGAGUGGCAUGCCACCAAAUCACAAUCCAUGGAUGUACGGUUUAUAUCAUCAAUACAAUGGGUAUCAUGGCGGCAUGUUUCCGCAGUUUUACAAUCAUCAAUAUUUUAAUCAAAUGGGCAAUGGAGGAUUUCGUAACGACGGUCAACAUUUUCAACAAAACAAGGAUGCCAAAGCUGAGUUUAAUCAUUCUCAGUUUUCCAAACCGCCUCCUUCUUUAUUAGGAAUGUCCCCCCACGAUACAAGUCGUCCAUUUAACAACCAGUCACCAAUUAGGUUUAACCUUAACGGUAAUCGAAAAUCUGCUCCCCUUCCCCCCAACGAAAAUCCACUUUUAUUUAAUAAUAAUGCCAAGAAAAAGCGUAAGAAGGGAAAUAAAGCUAACGAUGAGACAGGCGCCAUUUUACCGCCUUUGCCUGAUCAUCCACCGCCGCUGCCUCCGUGUCCUCCGCCAGAUCUCCCUAAACCGCCUCCUCCCCCACUUGAUGUUCCCCUGCCUCCCCCAUUAGCAACAGAAGACAUUCCUGAGCCGCUGGAAGAGCCCAAGGACGAUACGUCCAAACUAAAAGAAUUCGAAAAUGUUGUUUCACAUGAUAAUUCUUCAAAUUUUUUAAAGUCAUCAUCAAUACAAACAUCUGCAGGAACAUGGCCUGAGAGUUUAGAGAGGUACAUUAAAAGGUGCUAUGAAAAAUGUAAAACUGCAUUUGAUCGGGAUCAAAUAGAUAUUUGUCUAAAAGGGCGCAUUACAGCAGCUGCAAAUAAAGAUGAGAUUUGGACAAGAAAUUGGGAUGAGGAACCCAUCCCUAGUGUGCAUAGUGAAAGAAAUAAUUUGUCAGUAAAACCAGUUCGUGGUACAUUAUCUUUGUAUCAAAAGUGUGAGGCUGUUUCAGAAUUAAAUAAAAACAAACCUGCAUCUGGUCCAAAAGGUUUCAAUGCACACAAAAGUUCACCACAAAGAAGACACAAAUUGCACUCUAAAAGUCGCUCAAAGUCUAGGAGUCCACCUCGUAAGAGAUACAGUACUUCAUCAGCAUCUAGUGAUGAUAUUGAAGAGAGAAAAAUUGCUAAAAACAAAAAUCGUCAAAAAGUUAAAGACAGACUGUCACUGGAUCAGAAGAAACCAAAUAAAUAUCAGAAGAAUGCGAAAAAGAAGCAAAUUAAUCAGUUUACAGUUGAAGAGGUACACGGUAAUGCUGAAAAGUUGCAAAAAAGAGCUCAAAGGUUCGGCCAUUCCUGUGUUCCCACCAUAGCUAGUGCAAUACAAGCACACGGUAAAAGAGUGGAACCUUCCCCAAAAAGACCAAUAAUUAAUGACACCGAAGGGGAUUAUGAACUCAAUAACAUGCACAUUGUGGGAACAUGCACAGAUAUCGAGAAAUCCUUUUUGAGGUUAACUAAAGCACCGGAAGCCUGUGAGGUGCGACCUGUCGCUGUAUUAAGAAACUCUCUGAGAAAUGUCAAGGAUAGGUGGAUUAUUAAACAGGACUACAGAUAUGCCUGUGAUCAGUUAAAAUCAAUAAGACAGGAUUUAACGGUGCAAGGUGUCAGAGAUGGAUUUACAGUUGAGGUAUAUGAAACUCAUGCAAGAAUUGCCCUGGAAAAAGGUGACCACGAGGAAUUCAACCAGUGUCAAACACAACUUAAAAUGCUUUAUUCAGAGCUACCGGAGUUUAGAUCUAACGAAGCAGAAUUUAAAGCUUAUAGGAUUCUCUAUUAUAUAUUCACAAAUAAUACCCUGGAUCUGACCACAAUAUUUCGAUUUCUUUCAAAAGAGGACAGAGAAGAUGAAUGUAUAAAACAUGCUUUAAAAACACGGUGUGCUUGGGCAACAGGAAAUUUACACAAAUUCUUUGUUCUAUACAAAUCAGCACCAAUGAUGUCCGGAUAUCUCAUUGAUUGGAUUGUGGAAAGGGAACGGAAAAACUAUCUCAAAUUCAUCAUUAAGUCCUACAGACAAAGUGUUCCCGUGGACUUCAUCACUAAGGAGUUGGCAUUUGAAUCCAGUACAAAAACUUAUGAGUUCCUCAAACAGUUUUCUCUAACUUACACUGACGCAGAUGAAACUCGAAUUGAUUGCAAAGCGAGUCAACAUGUCGUUGGUCAAAACAUAUAACGAAGCAUGUUACUGCGCUACUACUAUGGAGCGAUUAAAAAGCUUUAUCCUAAAAAUAAAUAUUCCCUUCGUGCUCGUUGUUAAAGCACAAAAACAGUUCGAGUUUUUGCUCAUGUGGCCUAUGUCCUUGUUUAUGCUAGUUUUAUUAGGCGCAGGAGUCGGCACAAGCACAUCAUGUUGUUCGAGCUGGUAACCGGCAAGUCAUAAGCUCCUAGUUGACACGUUACAUGAAGAACCUCAAGCGCAGGGCACCUUUAUGUGAGUGAAAACGACACAAGGACGCUAAAAGUGAUGAGACACUUCAAUAAAUAGUGUAUAUUUUAAAUAAGUGGACCUUUUAAUAAUUAUUGUUGAUUGUUGUGUAAAUAUGAACUAUUUAUAAGUACCGUAAUAAUAUUAAUAACAAUUUGAACAAUUAUGAUCUUAAUAAUAAUAAAAAAUGAGAAUUUUUUAAA